AUGGCCAGUAAAGUUAAGAAAGAAAGACAAGAUAAUACCGCGGAUGUGGUAGGUUCUGCUGGUGAUGAUACAAAUGGAGUUGCUAAAAGUGGUUCAACCCAGAACCCAAAGAAUAGUAAUAAUAAUGAUAACAAUAAUAAUCAAGAAAAACCAAAAGCCUUUACGAUUAAAUAUAAAAGACCAAGGGGGUCGCGAGCAUGUGUUGUUUGCAGAUCAAGAAAGGUUAGAUGUGAUGCUGAAAUUCAUAUUCCAUGUACCAACUGUAUAACUUUUGGAUGUGAAUGUACAUUACCUGAAGCUAAAAAGAGGGGCAAUGUAUCGGCAGAAUCAAAAGCAAAGAGAAAUAAAACCAAUGACAAAGAAGCAGGAACUCAGUCAUCAAUGAGCUCGAGUGUUAAAUUGGAAAACAAGAAUGCAGCAGUGAAUCCUAGUAUAAGCAAUCUUGCCUCGUUAACGGCGGAGUCUCACGGCACUACAUCGACUAUUGAACCGGUAUUGAAUAUUUCACAAGUAAGUGUUCCGCCAUCUUUAACAUCAAAUUACAAAACAAGGCCAUCCAUGCACAAAAAGGAGUUGAACAAUGGAAAAGGUAAAGCUGCGUUGACGUUUUUGGGGUCUUCGUCAAUUGCACAAGUUGCACAGAAAGUGGGACAGAAUCAUGUUCAGCUAACUGAGGAUGUUUUUGAUUCUACAGAAGAAUCGCUUGACUCAGCAGAAUUGGAGAUUUUGAAGUUACGAGGCGCUUUCCUUCUACCAUCCCAUGAACUUUGUUUAGAUUUGAUUGAUUCAUAUUUUGAACAUGUUCAUCCAUUGAUGCCAGUCAUCAACCGAACUGAAUUUAUGAGAAAGUUCAACGACCCAGAAAAUAACCCGUCCUUAAUGGUCCUUCAAGCAGUGCUACUUUGUGGAUGUAGGAUUUCCCAAAAUCCAUUGUUGCUCGAUUCUAAAGGCUCUAAUAAUUUAGCGUCAUUGACCUUCUUUAGAAGAGCCAAGGCAUUAUACGAAGCUAACUAUGAAAGUGACCCAACCUCGAUUAUACAAACUUUAAUUUUAAUUGGUUCAUACGGUGAAGGACCAGAAGAUGUUACAAAGAACUCGUUUUAUUGGACCAGAGUGGCCGUAGGUUUGGCCCAAGGUUUUGGUUUUCAAAGGGAUAUUAGUAGUUCUCCAAAUAUGAGCGAGACUGAUAAAAAAGUAUGGAGAAGAAUUUGGUGGUGUUUAUUUGAAAAAGACCGUAACGUGUCCAUUGCCUAUGGUAGACCGUUGGUUAUAGACCUUAACGAUUGUGAUGUUCCAAUGCUUACAGUUGAAGAUUUCAAUGAAGAUGAGCCGGAUUAUAAAUCACCUUACCCUGUGAAUGAAACUCAAGCCUUAUAUAUCAUACACUUGGUUAAAUUGGCGGAAAUUACAGGAAUAAUUAUCAAAUAUCAGUAUACAGUCAAGGCACAACUGAUGAAAACAAAGAACAAGUUUUCCAUCGUUCAACAUUGUGACAUGUUGAUGGGUAUUUGGUUUGCAAAUUUACCUCCCCAAUUGGUAUUUUCAUUGAAAGAUACUUCGACACACAAUUUCUACAGUUGUUUCUUGAAUGCGCAAUAUUAUAAUCGUUUAUACUUAAUUCAUAGAUCGAACUUAUUAAGAAUGGCAAAGUCAAACUCAACAAAUCCAAAUAACUAUAAAUAUCCUUCUUGGGGUAUUUCCUUCCAAGCUGCUAGAAUGAUUUCAAUAGUUUCCAAAAUCCUAUUGGAUAGAAAUCUUAUCAAAUAUUGUCCUGUUAUGUUUAUUUAUAUUGUUUUCACGGCUUUAGUGAUGUUGAUCUAUCAUAUUGAUUCCCCUAACCAUGUUAUUGCAUCUACUGCUUCAGAUUCAUUAUUUGUUUCAAGGGCUGUAAUGAAAGAAUUAGCCAAGCACUGGCCAAUUGCAAAUGUUCUUAUGAAGCUCUUUGAUAAAUAUGCCAAUGAUAAAAUGAAAAGGGCAAAGCUUAUCGAAACAGGUUCAAAAAUCGCCGAAUUACAAGAAUUACACGCCGACCAAAAGACGAUGUCUUCUGAAAGUAAUUUGAAUAACUACUACUGUAGUGAAGACAGCACUAAAAUUGAGAACGAUAUUAUUGCAAAUAAUGAUGGCUCACCUUUGUCUUAUGGCAAUAGACCAUCUCCUAAUCAUCUGAUAUCCUCUGGUGUCUCCCCUGGAAACACUUUAAAUAAGGAGGCGGGAAGUCAACCAAAUAUUGAACAAUUGGUUCAACGAAUUAAACAUCCUAAACAAAAUGUUAAUAAUAAUAAUAAAUCUGAUAUGUUAUCUCCUCCAAAAGUUAAGACUGGAGAAACGUCACCAACAUCGUCAAACCAAUCUUUCCCAGAUAUAUCGUUAGUUACAGAGAACUUACCAACGAAUCAGAAUUUUUUUGAAAACUUUGAGCCAACUCAGUUGUUUCCAGAUGUUAAAUUCAGUUUACCUCCGACAAGAGCACAGUCGCCAUCAACAGUCCAAGAUAUCAAUGAAGGUAGUUUUGAUCAGGCAAAUGAGAAUGACCAGACAAAUAUGUAUCAGUCUCUUGGUGGGUCCAUGUUAGAUACAAAUUUUAUGGACAGCUCAUACAUUAAUAUGAAUUUACAAUCCGCUGCUACGGGAAACAAUUUCUUAGAUGAUGACCUUUCAUCGCUUUUUAAUAUUCAAGGUUAA